AUGGCCUCCUCCCUCCUCCGCUCCGGCCAGCGCCUCCUCCGCCACCACCGCGGCCGCCUCCCCGCGGCCUUCUCCACGGCGGCCGCCGAGGAGCUCGUCGACGUGCGCAAGCUGCCCACCGACUACGACCCCUCCACCUUCGACCCGACCGCGCCGCCGUCCCGCCCGCCGCCCUCCGACCGCGUCUGGCGCCUCGUCGACGACGUCUCCGCCCUCACCCUCGCCGAGGCCGCCGAGCUCUCCGCCCUCCUGCUCCGCCGCCUCGACAUCCCCUCCGCGCCGCCCAUCGCCAUCCUCAACUCCGCCGCGGGCCUCGGCGGCGGCGGCGCGGCGGCCGCUGGCGCGGCCGGCGACAAGCCGGCGGCCGCGGCCGAGAAGACCGUCUUCGAGCUGCGGCUGGACUCGUUCGACGCGGCCAGCAAGAUCAAGGUGAUCAAGGAGAUCCGGACCUUCACGGACCUCGGGCUCAAGGAGGCCAAGGAGCUGGUGGAGAAGGCCCCCGCCGUCAUCAAGGGAGGGCUGGCCAAGGAGGAGGCCGAGAAGAUCGUCGAGCGGAUGAAGGCCCUCGGCGCCAAGGUCGUCAUGGACUGA